AUGUCGCGCUGCUUCGCUCUUCAGAAGCCCUACUCGCGCGUACCGCUCAACCCUUUAACACCCGCGCGCGCCGCGAAAUCGCGACUCGUCCCGCGCGCUCUUGAAGGAGCGGUAAUCGCGGAGGAAGGCGAGAGCUUGAACGGCGGCGUCGUCGCGUUCGACGCGGAAGAAGCGGCGGGAAACGGCGCAGUGGCGAUGGCGGAAGAUGAAGAGGUGUGGGAGCGGGAGCCCGAGGGACGCGGAGUUUCCCGCCAAAUCGUGGGAGUUUUGGGCGGCGGGCAGCUGGGUCGAAUGCUGUGCGAGGCGGCGUCGCCUUUGGGGAUCAAGGUCGCGGUGCUCGACCCGCUGCCAGACGCGCCGGCUCGUCCAGUGGCGUUCCGCCACGUGGUAGGAAGCUUCCAGGACAUGGACACCGUGCGAGAAUUCGCGAAGAAAUGCUCUCAAACUCGCUGGAUAUGUGCGUGGUUCUCUGUCCUCGUUAUAAACAGGAGCGACGUGGUGACGGUGGAGAUAGAACACGUGAACGUGGACGCGCUGCAGCACCUGGAGGACGACGACUGCAUUGACAUCGAACCUAAGCCCUCCACCAUUGGUGUCAUUCAGGACAAGUACUUGCAGAAGGUUCACUUCAGGAAUCGUGGUGUGCCUCUCCCAGACUUUGUGUCGGUUAGUUGCUCCUUGCCCACUCCUUGCUCUCUACCCUCUCUUUGCUCUGCUUGCCCUCUUUUUGGCAUCUUCUCGCCCUCGUGUUUGCUCUCGCCUCCUUCCCCUCGUCCCCUUCAUCUCUUGUGUGCUCCGGACAUUAUAGCACGGGUUCAUAUGGCUGCAGCGGAGGCGGCAGGGGAGGAGUUCUCUUACCCCUUCAUGCUCAAGAGUCGCAAGAACGCGUAUGACGGCCGCGGAAACGCUGUCGUGAACUCACAAGAAGACAUUGAGCAAGCUGUUGCAGACCUGGGGGGCUUUGAGCGAGGGCUGUAUGCUGAGAAGUGGGCUCCUUUCAUCAAGGAGUUGGCAGUGAUGGUGGCGAGAGGGCGGGACGGGGAGAUCAAGAGCUUCCCUGUUGUGGAGACCACCCACCGAGACAACAUCUGCAACACAGUGGUCGUGCCGGCCGGUGUGCCGCCCGCAGUGCAGCAGCAGGCGCUGCGAGUGGCCGAGCUGGCGAUCGGCUCGCUCGCCGGGGCGGGCGUUUUUGGCGUGGAGCUGUUCCUGCUGGCCGACAACUCCGUCCUACUCAAUGAGGUGGCGCCGCGGCCGCACAACAGCGGGCACUACAGCAUAGAGGCGUGCCACGUGUCGCAGUACGAGCAGCACCUCAGGGCCGUGCUGGGGCUGCCCCUGGGGGACCCCUCGCUUAAAGUUGGCGCUGCCGCUAUGGUCAACAUCCUGGGGGAGGCUGAUGGAGAUGAGGGCUUUGAGAUAUCGCAGGCCAUUCUGAAGCACGCGCUGCUGGUGCCGGGGGCGUCCAUCCACUGGUACGACAAGUCAGACAUGCGGGCGAAGCGCAAGAUGGGGCAUGUGACGGUGGUGGCGCCGACGGUGCAGGAGGCAGUGAGGCGAAUCAAUGCCAUCGUGCCACAAGCCAUGGGGGAUGGGCAGGCCGGGGACGGGCAAGCGCCACAGGUGGCGAUCAUAAUGGGCAGCGACUCGGACCUGCCCGUCAUGAAAGGGGCGGCUCAGAUCCUCGAUUUCUUCCAAGUGCCUUUUGAGCUGACCAUAGUGUCGGCCCAUCGCACGCCAGACCGCAUGUUCUCAUUCGCGCAGUCAGCACACACAAGGGGCAUCCGAGUCAUCAUUGCUGGCGCCGGCGGUGCCGCUCACCUGCCAGGCAUGGUGGCAUCAAUGUCACCUCUCCCGGUGAUUGGCGUGCCAGUCAAGGGCUCUGCUCUCGGUGGCAUGGACUCGCUGCUCUCCAUCGUUCAGAUGCCACGUGGCAUUCCAGUGGCCACAGUGGCGAUCAACAACGCAGUCAACGCUGCUCUGCUGGCCGUGCGCAUGCUGGGAGCGUCCGAUCCUGCUCUCUUGGACCGCAUGGUGGCGUACCAGAAGGACCUAGAGGGCAUGGUGCUGGAGAAGGCAGGGCAGCUGGAGACGGAUGGGUGGGAGCAGUACCUCAACGUCCUCUCCUCCGACUAA